AUGUCAGAGACGUGCAAGAUCACAGAUGGCUCAGCCGACGUCGAAGCUGUUCGUGGACUCCCUGCCGAGACGAUCGAUCACAUCCUCUCCUUCAUCCCUCCUUCCGACACGACAACCCUCUCGACCCUCCUCCGCGUGUCCAAGCUGGUCUGCCAGAUCGCUGCACCUCGCCUAUACCGCAACAUCUGCAUCACAGGGAGGGAGAAUAUACUGGUGGAUACGGGACUGCCCGCGGAGGUGCUGGGAGACUCGUGCGGCGGGACAGCAGGGGGAGAAAAGAUAGAUGCGGACACAGAGUCGCCAGGGAGGAAAAAGACAUUGAAGGAGGUUUUCCUGAGCUUCGUCAAGACUGUCGAUAUCUUCCCCACGUCGGCCGACACCUCCCCCACCGAUAUGUCGGGCACGUCCAUCGGUGGACAAGAUGCGGCCGUAUCAGCCCCAGACAGCGGCCCAGCGGUCCUCUCCCCCCCUGGACUUACAGGCCUCACACCUCCUCCUCAGGUCCGCUGCGACGUCCUGCGCCUUCGACUGGAUACCAGCUCGUACCAGCGGUACGCUCCAGUAUUCUCCUCAUCCACUGAUGAUCGUCCGGCCGCGGAGCUGUCCGCGAAUAUCAGACCUCGUCGCUUGGUCCUGCACGGCGCAGGGUUCCAUCAGGGCGCAUCGCCGAUCGCCAAUCUCCCCCCAACCCUACACGACGAGUUACGGGAGAUCAUCAUCGUCGUGACUCCUGGCGCAACGGUCCAAGCUGGCGAUAUGCUCAGCAUGAACCACGGCCUCCCUUUCAUUCUCGGCUGCCUCAUUCAGGCUCUCCAACCCUCUCCUUCCAGCUCGGCGGCCACCACGGUAUCUGAACCUGUCAAUAUCACCUUCAUCCUCCAGACUCCCCGCCCGGGCGCUCGAUUCCCCUUACUCGAUCCAACCCCCCACAACAGCAUAGCCAUGACGAUGGACUGGCAUCCGGACUACGCACCUGGCUACCUCCACCCCCUCACAACCCUGCUUGGACAGCGGCUUCUGCUCGCCAGAACUGCAGAGGGAGGUGGACAGGUCGGAGAGGUCAGCUUUGUCAAUUUCGGGGCGCUGGAUGGGGAACAGGUGGGGAUGCCUCAGGCGGCGAUGGAGGAGAUGCAGGAUCGGUUUGAGAAGGGGGUGAGGGUACGGCUGAGCCGGGCGGGCGUUAGAGACGAGAAGCAGGGACUGAGGAUGUUGGGGAUGCGGGAUUGGCUUGAGGAGGAGGAGGCGGGCGAAGGGAGAGGAAAAGGCGAGGGUGUCGUGGAUGAGGAUAUCUUGCGAGGGUGGAGGCUUAUGUAG